AGAAGAGCCAAAGGUCUUUUGGGACCAGGAUGGGUUGGUUCGUGGCAGCUGUCUCCAGUCAAUAUUGGCAGGUCGCAUCUUUGGCUCAAGCAAGAUCGUCAUGGGAUCAUUCGAGAUCGUGUGGUCAUCAAAGACACCUUCUUCCCCGCAACUGGUUCCGAGAGCCUUGAUGCGAAUAGCGUACCGAACGAGGUGCAGGCAAUGUACAAUCUUCGUGGCAAGAUUGGCUCCGAAACAAUAGUAAAAAUUCGGAAUUGGAGG